UUGACUCCUAUUGAUUGCUCUGUGUGCCCCAGUCUCCGCGCCUCAGUGUACUUCUGCCUCCCGCUAAAUCGGUUUAACUGCACCAUGCCGGGGAUACUGCUCGGAGACGUGUUCCCCAAUUUCGAGGCUGACACCACCAUCGGGAAGAUACAAUUCCACGACUUUCUCGGCGAUUCGUGGGGUAUCCUGUUCUCUCACCCUCGAGACUUCACCCCGGUGUGCACCACAGAGCUGGGUCGCGCUGCCAGGCUGUCGGGAGAGUUUGCGAGGCGCAGCGUGAAGAUGAUCGCUCUGUCCAUCGACAGUGUGCAGGACCACCUGGCCUGGAGCAAGGACAUUGUCGCUUAUAACGGAGAGGAUCCCGGCUCCACACUGCCUUUCCCUAUCAUUGCCGAUGAGAAGCGGGAGCUGGCGGUCCAGCUGGGAAUGCUGGACCCCGAUGAGAAGGACAAGGACGGCAUUCCGCUGACCGCUCGCUGUGUGUUUGUCAUUGGCCCUGACAAGAAGCUGAAGCUGUCGAUUCUCUACCCUGCCACCACGGGGCGCAAUUUCGACGAGAUCCUGCGCGCGGUGGACUCUCUGCAGCUGACUGCGCAGAAGCGUGUGGCCACGCCCGUGGACUGGAAGCUUGGUGACAGCUGCAUGGUGCUUCCCAAUAUUCCCGAGGACGAGGCCGCCAAGCUGUUUCCUGCCGGCGUUUUCACCAAGGACCUGCCAUCAGGGAAGAAGUACCUGCGAUACACCCCUCAGCCAUGAGGGGGUGUCGGGGCUGCCUUAUGACAGAGCUGGACUCCUGACAACCUGCCAAACUGAGAGAGGGGGGGGGGGGGCGCAGAGAGUACAUCACUACAGAGAGAGUUCAGAUACAUCCCUACAGAGUUCUUCUCCUCCUUCCCAGUCCUUUUCUAGUCUCUCUGUCUCUGGUGCGGACGGUGCAUUCUUGACAAUCAAGCUGAACUCUAUAUUCCUCUUUGCCUUUCCACAGGAUGUACAAUAGGUAGGACUGUCUUGAUAUUUGUUGCUCUGCGAAUGAACAUCAUUUCAGUUUUUUAAUUAAAAUGAGUUGAUUUAA